GUUCACUUUUGCAUUGUCGCACAACUUGCAUAUCGCCAUAAACGCCAAAAACACGUACUUUAAAGUCGAACGUGAUUUUGAGGAUAAUUUCACGGGUACUUCACCUACAUAUACUCGCAAUGUCGGAAACCUGUGCUAGCAGCGUAUGCUAUGAUUCAGCCCGAGAAAGCAUAAUUUCCCAACCAGCCACAACAGCCGAAUGGUGUGACGCCACUUCCGAACUGUGGGAUGCUGAGACCACUAAGAUAGCACGCAUUAAUAAGCACAUUAUACUGCAAGAUUCGGCUUUUAUUUUGUACUUGAUUACUUCACAGAGAAAGCGGAAUAUCAAUGCCAUAUCAAACAUUUGCGAGGCAUAUAUACAUGCAGACACACUUGCGUGUCUGCACAGGAUACGGUCGCAAAUAGCCAAAACUGUGUGUGUGAUCGCUACCAAAAGGAAUCCACAUCUCAAGUACAGAUAUGACCACAUCACGCUACAAUACGGAAGAGAUUGCGAGCAACUAUAUACGCAAUUAGCAGCACGGGAAUACCUUCACGAAUUGGAUAGGGAGUUAAGGAUCAAUGCAGCAACUGCUGUGAAGAGUACUAUCCGAUUCGUAAAACCCGGGUUUACACUCAGUGAUACAGCCACUGUCUUCCAGAAAAUAUGCACAAGUCAGGGAACUCAUCUGGAGUUACAGCACAGUGAAGAGUUGACUAAUUUAGCAGCAGACGAAUAUCGUUUGAAAGUGAGAGCCCACAGACGCUUGAGGAACUCUGAUACUGCCAGUUUGCACUCAUAUACACUGAAUCAGCUCCCCGACAGUCACGGCAAGUUUAAGCGAAGGCGUAUUUCGCAAUGGGUACAACGAACAAACAGCUUUACGUCUUGACGGCUGCAGUAGAUGCAUCCAGGUCAACUUAUAUAGUCGAAGGUGACUAACGCAGAGCCAUUUAAAGCACAACCAGAAGCUAGAGAUUUUCCAUAAAAAGGACAACCAUCCCAUUCAGAAACAAUUGUACAUCCAGAAUUGAAGUAUAGAUUUGAGCUCGUGACGCGAAUGAUAUACGUGCGUUAUAGUCAAAUGUACAUAUUGCGACUAGCAGAAGGCCAAUUUAGCGCGUAAUGCGUACUGAAACUGAACAGAUAUAAAAUGGCUAUACAGCGUCACAAGUGCUUUUCGUUAAAUGGCAGACAAGUCCGUACCUUUUCGGUUUGUAUAAUAGUACGCAGCAAAUAAACUAACUUUUCAUUCAUUUAUAAAUGAUACUUCCAGC